UCACCCAGAUGUAACUUGCGCGUCCAUGCGCUCUGGUGCCUUCGCCGUGUAAUGCUGUAGUUCAACAGUACAAGGGCCAUGAAAACGGUGCAAGGCACGUCUGCUUCAUACGCGUCAAUGUAGCUCCCGAAACGGCUCGGUCCCAUCGUGUGGAAUAGGGGAGAAGAACGGUGACAGCGAGAGGUUUCAACCCACAAAUAUCAUCCGGGACAUUGUGUCCGACUGAAGCGAACCCAAGCAGUGCUGGAGAGGGAUUUCUUUACCGCUGUAUACAUGAUUUUUCGGGUAUUAUAAUUCUACAUUUUGUUUUGGUAAGACAAUGAUGGCGAGUGACUCUCCGGCCAGGAGUCUGGACGAGAUCGACCUUUCGGCUCUACGGGACCCUGCUGGCAUAUUUGAGUUAGUGGAGCUUGUGGGAAAUGGGACGUAUGGCCAAGUGUAUAAGGGCCGCCAUGUCAAGACGGGCCAGCUUGCUGCGAUCAAGGUCAUGGAUGUCACAGGGGAUGAGGAGGAGGAGAUCAAAGCUGAGAUCAACAUGCUGAAGAAGUAUUCCCACCACCGCAACAUAGCCACCUAUUAUGGCGCGUUUGUCAAGAAGAACCCGCCCGGCAUAGACGACCAGCUCUGGCUGGUGAUGGAGUUCUGUGGUGCUGGCUCAGUGACGGACCUCAUAAAGAACACUAAGGGCAACUCUCUGAAAGAGGAGUGGACCGCCUACAUCUGCAGAGAGAUCCUCAGGGGCCUGACCCACCUGCACCAGCACAAGGUCAUCCACCGUGAUAUCAAAGGCCAGAACGUCCUGCUCACGGAGAACGCAGAGGUCAAACUGGUUGACUUUGGGGUGAGCGCACAGUUGGAUCGCACUGUUGGUAGGAGGAACACAUUCAUUGGAACACCAUAUUGGAUGGCUCCAGAGGUCAUUGCCUGCGAUGAGAAUCCGGAUGCUACGUAUGACUUCAAGAGUGAUCUGUGGUCUCUGGGAAUCACAGCCAUCGAGAUGGCUGAGGGAGCUCCACCUCUCUGUGACAUGCACCCGAUGCGCGCGCUCUUCCUCAUUCCCAGAAACCCCGCCCCUCGGCUCAAGUCAAAGAAGUGGUCGAAGAAGUUCCAGUCGUUCAUCGACAGCUGCCUGGUGAAGAACCACACGCAGAGGCCCAGCACGGAGCAGCUGCUGAAACACCCCUUCAUCCGGGACCUGCCCAACGAACGGCAGGUCCGCAUCCAGCUCAAAGACCACAUCGACCGGACCAAGAAGAAGAGAGGAGAGAGGGACGAGACGGAAUAUGAGUACAGCGGCAGUGAGGAAGAGGAGGAGGAGCGGGACAUGGGUGAGCCCAGCUCUAUCAUCAACAUCCCCGGCGAGUCCACCCUGAGGCGGGACUUCCUGCGGCUGCAGCUGGCCAAUAAGGAGCGUUCGGAGGCGCUGCGCCGGCAGCAGCUGGAGCAGCAGCAGAACGAGGAGCACAAGCGCCAACUGCUGGCCGAGAGGCAGAAGCGCAUCGAGGAGCAGAAGGAGCAGAGGUGCAGACUGGAGGAGCAACAACGCCGGGAGAGAGAGCUGCGGAAGCAGCAGGAGAGGGAGCAGAGGAGGCGCUACGAGGAAAUGGAGCAACUGCGGAGAGAGGAGGAGAGGAGACACGCCGAGAGGGAGCAGGAGUAUAUCCGCCGUCAGCUGGAGGAGGAGCAGAGGCAGCUGGAGAUCCUGCAGCAACAGCUACUGCAGGAGCAGGCUCUCCUCCUGGAGUACAAGCGGAAGCAGCUAGAGGAGCAGAGGCAGGCAGAGAGGCUGCAGAGACAGCUCCAGCAAGAGAGGGCCUACCUGGUCUCCCUGCAACAGCAGCAGCAGGAGCAGCCGCGGCCUGCCGACAAGAAGCAGCUCUACCACUACAAGGACUCGGUCAACCCCAGUGACAAGCCUGCCUGGGCUAAAGAGGUGAUGCGGCGAGCCCAAAGUAACUCCCCCCGUCUCGCCACAAAGAACGAGCACUCCUGCAGUCACCACGCGGAGGCGCGAGUUUCGCACCACAUCCCAAGCCAUCUCCCCAACCGGCCCCCCUCCUACCCGGCCGCCGCCCCCUCCCACAACCAGAGGGAGAGGGCCGAGGCUCAGCUCAGGCAGAUGGGUGGGAAUGCCUCCCGGAUUCGGGUGUCCUGCGAGCCCGACCUGGCCCAACUUGCCCAGCUGUAUCCAGGUUUCGAGGGGCGGGGACGCACCCCUGGCCGCUCCUUCCAGAGCGAGGUGGAGGAGCGUUCCAAACUGAACCGCCAGAGUUCUCCUGCCCUGCAGCACAAGGUGGCCAACCGCAUCUCCGACCCAUCGCUGCCCCCUCGCUCCGAGUCGUUCAGCAGUGGCGGCAUCCAGCAGGCCCGGACGCCGCCGGUGCACCGGUCCGUCGAACCCCAGAUGGCCCACCUCGUGUCGGUGAAGUCCCACGGCUCCUCCAUGACAGGCUCCCAGUCGCUGCAUGACCAGUCUUCCCAGGGUGUCUCGGCGUUCCAGGAGAGCCUGUCGCCCCACCGGCCCCCCAUGCCCCGGCAGAACUCCGACCCCACCUCGGAGACGCCGCUGCCUCCACCCCGCGUCACCAGCCGGGAAGAGAAGUUCGACCGCAGCUCCUGGCUAAGGCAGGAAGAGGAAGUUCCGCCAAAGGUCCCUCAGAGGACCACCUCUAUAUCACCUGCCCUGGUCAGGAAGAACUCCCCUGGGAAUGGACCAGGAGGUCUUGGACCAAGGGCUGGCUCCCAUCUCAUCCGAGCUAGCAACCCAGACCUUCGCGUUUCCAUAGAGCCUUCCCUCCCGAGGACGAGUAGUGGCAGCUCCUCCAGCUCCAGCACCCCCAGCUCCCAGGGUGGCUCCAGUGAGAGGAACCGCGUGGGAGGUUCCGCUAAGCCUGAGGGAUCUCCAGCCAUCUCCCAGGAAGCCAAGUCUAAAACACAGGAGGAGAGCAAGGAGCUGCCCAGGCCCAGCCGACCAGCGGAUCUCACCGCUCUGGCCAAAGAACUCAGAGAGCUGCGCUCCAACGAGGAGACCAACCGGCCGCCUGUCAAAGUGACUGACUACUCAUCAUCCAGUGAAGAGUCUGAAAGCAGUGAGGAGGAGGAGGGAGAGGGAGGAGCCCACGAUGGAACAGUGCCCGUCAGCGACAUUCCGCGCAUUAUGCCAUCGGCUGGCCAUGGUGGCAGUGAAUCCUUUGGAGGAAUGGUUGGUCAAGAGGACUCUCACGAAGAGCCGUAUGGAAACAACUCCAAAGACAGCACCCUGAUGAUGAGAGAGAUGUUUGGGGAAAGAAAGCGCUCGGGUCACGCCGAGAGCAACGGUUUCCCUGGUAACGCCAAUCUUCCCGAUCUAGUGCAGCAAAGCCACUCCCCCUUGGCCACGCCCAGCGAAGGCCCAGGCCGCCACUCCAGUCUGCAUGCGCAGGACCUGGACUCUGUGGCUGAAUAUGGGAGUGGGUCAAAAGCCUCCUUUACCCCAUUCGUGGACCCAAGGGUAUACCAGACCUCACCCACCGAAGACGGCAAUGAGAACUCUGCCUCAGCUCUCUUUGCGGACGAACUGCUGAGGCAGGAGCAGGAGCAGGCACGGCUCAACGAGGCACGCAAGAUCUCCGUGGUCAACGUCAACCCCACCAACAUCCGGCCGCACAGCGACACGCCCGAGAUCCGCAAGUACAAGAAGCGCUUCAACUCCGAGAUCCUGUGCGCAGCCCUGUGGGGAGUGAACCUGCUGGUCGGAACCGAGAACGGACUGAUGCUGCUGGACCGUAGUGGUCAGGGCAAGGUCUACAACCUCAUCAACCGUCGCCGCUUUCAGCAGAUGGAUGUGCUGGAGGGUCUCAACGUGCUGGUCACCAUAUCUGGCAAAAAGAAUAAACUGAGGGUCUACUACCUGUCGUGGCUCAGGAACAGGAUACUCCACAAUGACCCUGAAGUGGAGAAGAAACAGGGCUGGACCACUGUGGGGGACCUGGAGGGGUGUGUUCAUUACAAAGUUGUGAAAUAUGAGAGGAUCAAGUUCUUGGUGAUAGCCUUGAAGAAUUCUGUGGAGAUUUAUGCCUGGGCUCCGAAGCCAUACCACAAAUUCAUGGCUUUCAAGUCGUUCACUGAUCUGCAGCAUAGGCCCCUGCUGGUUGACCUAACUGUGGAGGAGGGCCAGAGGUUAAAGGUCAUCUACGGCUCCAGUGUUGGCUUCCACGUGAUAGACGUUGACUCUGGGAACCCGUACGACAUCUACAUCCCAUCCCACAUUCAGGGCAGUGUCACCCCCCACGCCAUUGUGGUGCUCCCCAAGACUGACGGGAUGGAGAUGCUUCUGUGUUAUGAAGAUGAGGGGGUCUAUGUGAACACUUACGGCAGAAUCACUAAAGACGUGGUGCUACAAUGGGGAGAGAUGCCCACCUCUGUUGCCUACAUCCACUCCAACCAGAUCAUGGGCUGGGGAGAGAAAGCCAUUGAGAUCCGGUCCGUGGAAACGGGACACCUCGACGGAGUUUUCAUGCACAAGCGAGCUCAGCGACUGAAGUUCCUGUCUGAGCGAAAUGACAAGGUCUUCUUCGCCUCAGUCAGAUCAGGAGGCAGUAGCCAAGUUUUCUUCAUGACCUUGAACCGAAACUCCAUGAUGAACUGGUAACUUGUCCACACCCUCCCCUGUAUUGUGUCUGUGGACAUGUUCUGUUUUGACAAGCAAGGGAGGGGGGAAAUUGGGGGGGGGGGGGGGCAAACAGAAAACCACGGUAUGUGGAAUAGCAGAACAGUAGAAUAAAGACCUGCCCGGGUUCCGCUCCAGAGAGCCAAACAGUCAGACCCACCUCCACAGUCCGUUAUGGAGCGAUCCCCAGACCACCAAGGGGCGCCAAAGAACAACAACUUCUAUACAGAUUUUUUUUUUAUGGCUCUUUCCUGUGGGGUUCUUAUAUUUUUCAAGACAGAUAUGUAUGCUGAUUCUUUUGGAGGAGGUUGUUGGUGGAAUGGAACACAAAUUCCCCAAUGUAGAGUGAUUAUUAAGAAAAAAUAUUGUAACUGUUUAGACAAUUCCAACACAAUAAUAUAUUGCUGUUGGUCUAUACAUGGAAAAAUCUCUGACAAACAGUUCCCUGUUAGGGGUUGGUGCGUGCGUGUGCGUGCGUGCAUGUGUGUGAGUGCUUGCACACAUGCUCACCCUUGUUUGUUGUACACUCCAAACUUACAUGGAACACAUUUCAACACUUUGUUUUCAAAGUUGCAUUAUGUCACACUGUAGCUGUACUUGAGUAUAUGUCCUGUGUGUGGGUGUGUGCGUGAACGAGUGGGUGAGCGAUUAGAAUGUUGGAAAACAAAAAAAAAAACAAAAACGUACCAUUCAUAAAAACCACAAGAAACAAAGUAUAGCUAAGACAAAUCUGGAAAGGGAUGUCUCGAUGUUUUGUACAAUCAGAAUAACGAGUAGUUCCAGUACAUUUUUGACUGUCCAAAAAAAUGAAUAAACAAAAUAAAAUAAAGCUCCAUUUCACAUUA